UCCAAUGAAGAGCUCGAGACAUAUUAAUACUUUAAUUUAUUAUUUAUUCCUAUCAUUGAUACUCACGGGCGAAAAUAAAGUAUAAAACCCUUGAUUUUUUUAGUCUCAGUAUCAAAUACAUUUGAAUUAUAAACAUGAAGUCCUUCAUUGCAUUCGCUGCCCUUCUCGCCGUGGCUCUCGGUAGCCCCGUGUACCAUGUAAGAAAAAUUGUUACUGGACCAGCUGUUAUUGAAGGUGCACCGAUUUCCGUCGGACCCGCUAUUGUCGAUGAAGAAUCUAUCAACGUCGGACCAAAUGAACCCGUCAACGUCGGGCCUCCUGAAAUCGAAGGUGAAUCUAUCAACGUCGGACCAAAUGAACCCGUCAACGUCGGACCCCCUAACAUUGAUGAUGAUUCCAUUUCUGUAGGACCUGCAAUCAUCGAUGGUGAACCCAUUUCUGUUGGACCCGCUAUUGUUGAUGACUACGAGCCAAUCUCUGUCGGUCCCGCAAUAGUAGUCGAUAAUGCUGCUAGCAUCCCCCGCAUAAAAGUCGUCGUUCUUAUUGAAAAUGGCGAAGUUACCGUAACCACGGAGUAAAGGAUAUUGCUAAUGUUUAAGUCCUCAUUAAUUUCCAUAUAUGUAAUUCAUUGUAUUUGUAAUUGUCCUGGAAAAUCUUAAGCCUACUAAAAUCUGAAUAUGUUCAAACUUUUAUAUGUGAUUCUCUACGUGAUGUAGGUACUAAUGCAUUAAUAAACGUUUACUUUUACAAAUA